GAUCUUUUUUCAUGUCUCAACCACAAUCUACAGAUCUGUUUAUUGGGAGAUCAAGGGUGUACCACUGCUAUGAGGUGCUUUUCAGAACUACUCGUUUUGCUGCAUUCUUUUUAAAUGUGACUGAGACAUUUCAUGCCCCGUACCCCUCCAGGUUGCUGAGUGGUCCAAACAAAGCCUGGACACAAUUAAGAAGUUUGCUAAUGGGACCCUCAAGAAAGACAUUGAAUGGAUUUGGAUCAUGUGUUGUCCAAAACAAAAAUUGCAAAAAUAAAGUCAAAUAAUUCUAUCUAAAUCAUCCAUACCCUCAAGAAGUUAGCUACAACUAGUACAGAGUGUUAGCAGAAGCAGAAGGCCCCAAUGCUUCUAUCAAACCAAUGGCCAGGACGCCAUUAUUAACACACAAAAUUCAUGUCUGAAAUAAGCUCUAUUAUCAUUUUAGUGUUAUUAGCAGCUUACUGUUUUGCUGAGUCCCUCGUUUCUGUGGAGAGAAGGAACGACGCCUCAGUCAAAGUCUUUCUGAAAAUCCCUCUUGAUAAUGGUGGAGGUUGCUGAAGCUCUCCUCCUUAAGUGCUUCAUGCAAACAAGUGGGACUUUUCCCACUGAUCUGAGUACAUUUAUGACAGAAAUAAAAUUAGACCAAACACUUCGAUGCUGGGGGAUGAUGUAAGGGAUUCUGUGUGUUAAUAUACGGUAGAACCAAACAUUUUGACUUGUUUCCUUGCAACUUCCUGUUUCCAUCUUACUGACAAUCACUCGAGUGUUUAAUCGAGAAACAAAAUACAAAAUGCAAAAUAGCGCCCUACAAGACAGUUUGCUUGGUCGCAAAUGAGAUGCUGCCUUUUAAUCUAGUUAAAAGCAAGCAUUUCAAAAAUGCUGCAAACAUCUGACACCCAGUACAAAACAGGAACAAGACUCAACAAGAAAUUAACACAAAAUUACAAGGUAAUUAGAAUCAAAUAAAGCUACAAAAUAAACUGAGAUCCUAACAGAAAGUUAAUAAUGUUACAUUUCAAGUUUACAUGCGACAGCAUAAAGAGAAUACUGAUUUCAUAUUAAUGGAUUCCGUUUUUACAGGCAACUUAAUGUCCAACAGAUUAUUAUUACCUGUUUCUUUCAUUGUAAUUAAUGCCUUUAUAACGAAGCUUACGAUGUUAUGAAGAGGAGGGAACAGAAAUAUGUUUAUUUUGGUUUUAUGGUUAUUUUUUGAUCUGAUGAAUACUUGCAUAGUAAUAUGACAACAUGUGUCAUAACUUUUCGCAGGUGUGACAAUGUAUUGUUUGCUAACAAAUGAAGGCAAACAUCGAGCUGGAGGCAGACUACCGACCAAUCACGGUACAAAUUUGUGGUACAUUUACUAACAUAUCAAGCAUCACAAUAAUAGAAGGAGCUGAGUUGCACUCUGAGCUGCAGGAUGUGGGUGGAGGUCCGGACACACAUGGAGGAUCAUGGGACUGCUAACGGUCACUGCUGAGAAUGAAGACAUGGAGUGGUUAAAUAGUAUAACCAGUCACACACACAGAAGAAGGACACAUAUCAGUGUGUGAAACUCAGGCAGGCAGCAGCUGGAACAAAGCUUAACAUGCAGAAUGAUGCAGAGCUUAAACAGACUAACUGGUGAGGUAUGUCUGAGGAGUUCUGUGAACUAGAACUUAUCAGAAGAUUCUGUGAAGAGUCCGGAUGACUAAUUUAAGACCAAAAUGUAUUUAUUAUUCUCUUUUGACUGCGUCCUGCACAAAACUCCCAGCUCCAACCUCAGGGUGAGUAAAAACAUAGAAGAACCUCCAGGUGAGCCUGGAGCACCAGGCCCCAAAGAGAAAAUCAGAUAUUCUAGUUUUCCCGAAAGAAAGUAAAAGGUGCUUUGGGACAUCCAGGAUCCUACAGAGCUCCAAUGUCUGAGGUGAUCCCUUUUCACAAGAGGACAGUUGUCAUAUUUUGAACAAAUAUAAUCAAUUAGGUGUUUACUUUUCCAAGACAAGGUGUUCUUUGGUACAUUACAACUUUCUGAGCCUGGCCAUUGCCUUCCUGUGCAAUUUCACUCCUAAAACGUUCUCGCUUUCUCCCUUCGACUCGGAUUGUCUCCAAUUGCCAAUCAACAAACAGAAGGAGCAGUUGUGAACGAUGACGUAGAUUUUCGGCGUUGUACUUGAAUUGUGGUCUACCUGUAGUUUUAGUGAUGGCAGAGAAGGAAGGGAAUGAAGCCAUGCAGUCCGCGUUGGCCACGCCUCCAAAUAUUGAAUUACAGUAACGGUCGCAUCUUCGGCUCAACGCUUCUUUCUUCUCAGUGGAGGAUUGUUGUUCACAACGCAGGCAACUCCCGGUGAGCCUGUGUUAGUGUGGAACUAACACAUUACAUACGUCACAGGCAAACAUUAGCGACUGGAUAAAAUUUAGAACCUCAACAACAAUCAUUUCCAGGAAACAAUCCUUUCUCAACAGACCCUCCACAGCAAAGUGUAGUACAAGGGUCUAUAAAUGAAAAUAAAAAAAUGUGGGAGAGAGAAUUGAAAGAGUUAUGUUUUAAUUGUUUUUAAUGAUGUUUCAUGUGCACAUAUACCUAUGCUUUAUAGCCUGGAUGAUUUCAGAUUUGUACAUUUUUAUAACGGAGAGAUAAAUGAUAAAUGAAUUCAGCAAGUCAAAAACAAUUUCGACUUGCUGUUGCUGUUGUUGUGUAUUUUGAAAGACAAGAAUUGGUAUUGAGAAAUCAGAAGGUUACAAAAUCCGCAACCAGAUAUUGGUCAAUCUCAUGGUUAACUGUAUGACACAAGAAAUGGUGGUUUUAGCCCUCUGAUGUCCUCUUAACAGUCUCACCAGAAGCAUUUGUUAUUGUAAAUUUAUCAAUAAUUCUGUGCUUUUUCAGUCAGUUUCUUAGCUACAGCCUCAUCGCUGACAUUUAUCCCCAGUAGUCUGCUUACCUCUGAGCUGGUGAACCAUUAGAACAAUCAUUUCCUUGUAAGGAGCUGUGUUGACAGACUCUGCUGUUUUUCAUCAUUUUUGUACAUACAGUACAACUGAAGCCAGAUAUUUACUUACACUCAAAACUCAUCUAGAACAUUUUUUAGAAAUAAUUUUAUAACUUUGACAUACAGUUCAAAAGACAUUUAUCCCUGAUGCUGACCGAAACGUAUGUAAGACUGUGAAUUCAAGGAAAGUCACAAUAAAAAUUCUGAAAAAUGUUUUGGCCAAAUUUUCUGGCAUGUAACAAAUAAAAAUAAUUUUAGUAAUUCCAGCUGAUCUAAAAACAGAAAGUUUGAGCUGACUUAACUUCAGACAGUGAGUACAAAAAGGUGUGUCUUUUUAUUCAGUACAUGUAAAUAUCAGAUUUCAUCUGUAUACAACAAAAACUGACGAACUUCCUCUAGUUUGGUAACUUGUUACUGAGGGUUUAAGUUAUCAGACACAUCCAGAAUCUGAAGGUUCUCAGCUCUUCAAGCCGUAAGUCAACUACUUAAUUUCCAACAUUUAUGUUUUUUAAAUAAUUUAAUAUUUUCCUAUAAGUAUGACACUGGACGUCUAACUCUUUGUUUUUAUUUGUGGCUGAUUUUAGGUAAAGAUAGAAAUGUUACCAAACAGUACUAAUGGAAGUCAAGAGGUUACACCGUGCAGCAGAGACGGCGACAACAGGCUGGGAGCUCAGCUGUCCAUCCUCUACUACUUCAUGUUCAUCUUCAGUCUGCUUGGCAACGGGCUUGUUCUGUUCAUCAUCUACCGCUUCGAGAGGCUGAUCACUGUGACCAACAUCUUGCUGCUGAACCUGGUGGCGUCCUCCCUCAUCUUCAUGAGCAGCCUUCCCAUUGUGGCCGUUUACAUGCAGAUCUCUGAAUGGAUUUUUGGCUCAGCUAUGUGCAAGAUCGUCUUCAGUGCCUACUACCUGGGCUUCUACAGCUCAGUUUUCUUUUUAACUCUGCUGAUGUUUGACCAACACCUGGCUGUUGUGUAUUCGCUGCCUGCUGCUCAUGUGAGGAAUCGACGUUACGCAGUCAUUUCCUGUGUGGUGGUGUGGCUGGUGAGUGGUUUGGCUUGCAUCAGGCCGAUGCUUUCCCUCAACACUUUCACAUAUUUAAACAGUUCAAUGCAUUGUGAUUAUUAUCCCAUUGAACUCCCGAAUUUGGAUGUAGUGGUAACUGCUGGAUUUUAUAUCCAGCUUUUUGUGUUCUUCAUCCUCCCUCUGGCUGCUAUUAUCUACUGCAACGUCAGGAUCACAAUCACUGUCAUAUCAACAAGAAUAGCUUCUAAAUUUAAGACAGUCAGGCUGGUCUUAGUCAUCAUACUGCUGUGUUUUAUCUGCUGUACUCCAUUCAGUAUUGUUGUAGUGCUUCUGGAACAUGAACCCAAUAGCUGUGAGGAAUCACAGAAACUCGGUUACGCCCUUCAGAUCACUCGUAACAUGGCGUACUUUUACUUUUGCAUCAGUCCUUUCUUCUACACGUUGCUAGGGGCGAAGUUCCAAGAUCGUGUCAGACUGUUGUUGGGGAAAUGUUUCCCACGAAUGAAGACAGACAUUUCUCUGGCUGAAUGCAGCCCAGCUACCCUGCCAACAAAAAAUCCAACAAAAGACGAAACCUUGAUCAGCAAUGCGUAAGUUUUAGGGUCGACCACUGUGUCCCACCAAUCAGUAGCUCUAUAACAGGAGAGUUUCUGGCCAGGUUCCUAAAGUUAGAAGCCUGUAUGUCCACAGCUCAGCUGCAGUGGACCCAGAUCAAAUGCAAAAAGCUAAUGUAAACAAGAACAAGAUGGUGGACAGAAAAAAUGCCUAACCACUGUACAUCUGUAUAAUUUGUGUGGUUUUGUUUGCUGUAAAGGUUCAGUAGGUUAUGGUCAUCUGGCUUUAUUUCACUGAUUUCAAAGACAAGCUCUAGCUUUCUGGUUGAUCUCGAGUGUUAUGCCAUUUAUUUUGUAAAGUGCACCAGUCUCCCCAGCAGCAAAACACGAUUCUGCCAAGCCUGUACUUUAAAGUCGGGAUUAUGUUCCCAGGCUUGGAAGCUUGCCUCUUUAUUUUCCGAGUAUAAUGAAUGUUAUCUCAUUAUCCUUUCUAUUUUAGUUUCAUCACUCAAUCGUUUUGUUCAUUUUCAUCUGUUACCUGGUUUAUAAUGUUACAAGUAAGCCUAUCAUGACAAGCAAUUCAAAUUAAAAUGAGCUCUGUAAUUUUCAUUCUGUUGAUUAACUUUUUUAGGAGGGACAAUUUGUUUACAGAGAUUUUGUAAUUCAUUUUAUUUAUGGCUUCUGUUGUGUGUGUGUUCUUAUUUCAGUUUGCUUUUUGUUUCUGGUCGUGCUUCAUUUUGGCUAUUUAAAUCCUCUUCCAGUUCCAGUGUUAAGCGUUCUGUACAAAAUUAAUCCUUAAUUGGUCUUGAGAGAGCGAACUUGCAUUGUUUUGACAUUAUCAAUAUAUUAUUUAAAAAUCGUCAACAAUAAGACAGCAAUGUUAUAGUUUCUUACCAUACUUACUGGGGCGAUUUAUCAUACAGCAAAAUUUGUUAUGGUGACAGGACCAGUUAAAAGUGCUGUCUUCCUUGCAGCGUGGCCUUUCAGCAUAUGUUGCUACAGAUCUUGUAUCAGUGUGAAAAAGGGAUCUCCUACCAGCUGCAGAUUGUUAGGUUAGAUUGUGGGGAUGAUUCAUACAUUUCACUCCAAAACAUGUUAAUAUCUGAAACACAGAACCUGAUUGCUGGACAUUCCCAUGCUGUGUUUUACUUCUAGUUACAUAGGCUUACAUGCAACGUUUACACGGAUAAACACGGCACCUUCAGGUAUCUGGAAAUUGCAUCUAAAGAUGAACCAAACAUGUGGUUCUUCAGUAAACUGAUAAAAAAGUUUUCCAUAAUGUUCCAGGAGGAAGAAGUAGGUUUUAUUUGUCGCCUUAAAAAUGCAUCCUCAGGUGUGCUUCCAUUUAACUCAGAUGUUGUAAAUGAACUUAAUACAUAAUUAAUUUAUGUGCAAUCUCUAAUCAGCAAAUGGCCAUUUCCUUUGGCAUGUAUAUCAUUUAUGUGGUGCAAAUGCAUGUGCACCUUACCUGCAGCCGAGUUGGCAUCGUCUUGGAUCAUCUAUCUCUGCUGUACAAACCUCACAAAGUUAUCAACAUAAUCAAUAUAGAUGUUUUCCUGACACUGUUUAAUUGUUUUAAUGCUUGUUUUAUGUUAUGAUGGUGUAAAUUGUGAAGCACUCUGGUCAACUGCUGUUUUAAAUGUGCUGUACAAAUAAAUUUGUUCAAAAUCCUU